AGAGGAAGUUUGAAACCCUUGGAGUCUAGAUAAUUGAUCAUCACCAACCAACAGCGCUGAAAGCUUCUCAAUCUCUUCGUCAUCUUGCGAUUGAAGAAUGAUCGAGGUGGUGUUGAACGAUCGACUGGGAAAGAAGGUCAAGGUUAAAUGUAACGAGGAUGACACGAUCGGAGACCUAAAGAAGCUGGUUGCGGCCCAGACCGGAACCAGAGCCGAUAAGAUUCGAAUUCAGAAGUGGUACAACAUCUACAAGGACCAUAUUACUCUCAAGGACUACGAGAUCCAUGACGGAAUGGGUCUUGAACUCUACUACAACUGAUUCAUCCUUCUUCUUCCGGUUAUACACCAACACCAGUGGAAGUUAUUAAAUGGAUGGAAUUUCUCCCCCUCAAACCUAUGGGAGUGAAUAUAUGGGUAUUGUUUUGACAUGCCAAUAUGUAAAAACUGUUGGUCAUGUAAAGUGUAGUCAAAUAUGGAUAAUAAUAACUGUCUGUGUGUGAAAGAUUAGCUAUUUAGCCUAUUUUCUGUGCUACGUACUUAUGGUUAUAUGUGGCGUUUAUGUGGGUACUAGUUAGGGGUGAAGUAAAGACCUCUUUAAAUUAGUCUAUGCACUCUAUUUCUAUUCUAA